UAUAUAUAUUAUCUCUUAUUUUGACACGUUGCCGUGUGGUGCCCCUUGGGUCCCCGGCGGUGUGCUUGUUUUCCCAAAGCAUUAGCAUACACGGAAUUAAACGACCACAACCAACACCGUUUAGGUGGAUUUAAAGCGCACCUUGCGGUCGUUUGAUGGCUCAGACCCACCUCGAGGUACACGAGAGUCCAGCAAGAGCGUUUCGAGGCUGGUAAUAUAUUUUAAAAGCAUAUAUUCGACGUUUUCACGUGAGCGGAUGUGUCCUUGUCGCCUAGCCGCGGAGGUGGCGCGCCAGGCGGCGUCUUAUAAGAAAGCUUCCGCGACGUGAGAUUACAAAAACUAGACCCGGAAAAAAAAAAAAAAAAAAAAUGGCUUCGGUGCUGGGUUGCUUCAAUGGGCCCGAAGUGUUGGAGGACGUCAGUCACGCUCGGUCCUUGAUGGGGGAGUUGAAGGCGUUGUACGACAGCCGCCUUCUCUCGGACGUCACCAUCGAGGUGGACCCCGACGGAGAGCCCCUGGAGCCCGGCGGAGGCGGUGCGAGGAGGACCGGGGGACCCUCGGGGGACGACCCCAUCCGGCUUUUCCACUGCAGCCGCAACGUCCUCGCCGCUGCCAGCCCUUAUUUCAAGAGCAUGUUCACCGGCGGCUUGACCGAGAGCGUCCAGGAGAGGGUGGCCAUCCGCGGGGUGGACGCCGAGUCCAUGUCGGUCAUCGUGGACUACUGCUACACGGGUCAGGUGACCAUCACGGAGGGCAACGUGCAGAGGCUGUACGCGGCCGCCAACAUGCUCCAGCUGGAGUACAUCAGGAAGGCUUGCUCCGGCUUCAUGACCCGCAGGCUAGACCUCGCCAACUGCGUGGGGGUUCUGAAGUUCGCGGACACCUACGACAACCCCGAGCUGAAAGAGAGCGCUCGGGCCUUCAUCGCCAAGAACUUUGGCCAGCUGUGCAUCGCCGGGGAGCUGUGCGACCUGGAACUGCACCAGUUGGAGGAACUGCUCUCCCUGGACACGCUGGACGUGGCCUGCGAGCGCGAGGUGUGCUCGGCCGCCCUGCGCUGGAUCGAGGCCAACGCGCCUCCCACGAAGGAGGACGCCCUGCGAGCGCUGAGGUGCGUGCGCUGGAACUUGUUCACCGAGAGGGACAAGCGCUACCUCGAAGGGCUGGCGGCGCGGCCGCUCAUCGAGAAGUACCUGGAGUCCUUCUUCAACAGGCCUUGCCCCGUGUCCGCGUCUCUGGAUGUUCCCAAGCACAGGAUAGGAGUGAGCGCCAAAGAAAUGAUCUUGUUCUUCGGUCUUCCCAACGACAACAUCAUGUGCUGCGACCCGUACUCAGAGGACCUCUACUUUGUGACGCCGCCUCUCGAGGAUCUCAGCAGCCAGGAUUAUAAACGCUCCACUAUGGAGUCGCUCAUCGCUUGUUCCAGCCCAGAAAACAACCUAUACCUAGCGUCCCACCUCUCCAAACACUUCUGGCAGUACAAUCCUGUCCUCAACAGCUGGCAGGAACUGGCGGAGAGGCCGCUCGGAAGGAUUCACUCGGGGAUGGGCUACCUCAAUGGUCACGUCUACCUCCUGGGAGGAAGGAACCCAGUGACGGACGCCCGGCUGAAAGAGGUGGAGUGCUACAGCGUCCAGAGGAACCAGUGGACCUUCGUGGCUCCCUUGCCGCACUCUUUCGGUAAGAUGCAGGUGGUGGCGUUGAACGACCACCUGUAUGUGGUGAACAAGCGGCGCAUGCUGUGCUACGACCCGCGCCGAAACCGCUGGCGCCACUGCGGCUCGCUGCGGCGCGACAAGCUGCACAAGGCCUGCGUGUAUCAGGACCAGAUCGUCUGCGUGUGCGACAUCCCCGUGGUGAAGGCCUACAGCCCGGCACGGGGCGAGUGGCGGCGGUUGGCCGACGUCCCCAUCGAUAGCCGCGCCCUCAACUACCAGGUGAUCCAGCACGGCGGCAAGCUGCUGCUCCUCACGCAGACGUUGCUGCAGCACAACAAGAACCGCGUCCUCGUGCACGAGUACGAGCCGGUGCGAGAGAGUUGGAAGAGCGUCAUGGCGGUCUACGUGUCCACGCUGGGACCUGUGUGCGUUUCCACACGCGUCUACCCGGCGUGCCUGGGCUCGGCGCACAGCUUCUCCACCGAAGAGGACGACGACAGCGGAUCCAGCGCUGACUGGGAUCUGGACGGCUUGACGGACGCCGAUUCCGACUCCGCCAGUUCCAGCUCGUUCUCGGACGAGAACUGGUAGUCGGACUUGUACAGGGUUGACCUCCCGAUCGCGGGGAAGUUUCAGUGUAUUCAUUAGAAACUUUGGGUUCCUUCUCAGGAUCGCCACUUACCAAAAUCAGAUAUCCAUUGCCAUAAAACGUCGACUGUACAUAAACUAAUCAUUAAGAACACGGCAUGUGAAUUUACGACAAAACUGUGAAUGACUGCAAAUUUGGAUCAGAACAACCCUAACAGUUUUUUUUCCUCCACACGGGUGAGGAAGACCCUAUCCCGGCUGACUUUGGGCGAGAGGUGCUGUAUGCCCGGGAUUGGUUGUCUGUCAAAAAGUCAUUUGCCAAGAAAUUCUCUGCUUCUGUCAUGAUCAAUAAAAUAGCUUUGGUCACUCAAUGAAAAUUGACUCAUGGACCCGUUUUAGGUCCCAAAAUUAAAACCCAUCUUUUCGGGGGGGGGGGGGGGCCCCCCCCUCCUGUUGUGUACCAGUACUUUGUUCAUGAAGUGAUUCCGUACUGGCGUUUUGUUUCUCACGCGCAAGACUUGCUCUCUGUCUCACUUGAAAACACCCUCGUCCGUGGGUCAGUACCGUGUCGUGGGGCUUUCUUCUUUUUGGAAAAUGUUCUUCUGAUGUUUUCGUCGUCGUUACAAUUAAACCUGUGGCCUGCAUACCGCAAAUUUCCCAUCCGUGCUUUAUAUAGACGUGUUUAUCUUUACUAAAGCUAGAUGGUCGUGGCCUGUCUACCUGCUCCAUUUCCAGUGUGGCGCGUUGCAAAAAAGAGAAAGGCGCGCUCAAGUAAGGACAACUUUCCAAAGUUUAUUCUGGGAGCGAAGCCGGUGGAGUUCAAGAAUAGGCCAGCGAGGCAGCUGACGCCAACCGCGCAGAAUUUUGCUCUCGCGCUUCAGUUUUGUUGAAAGAGGCCAUUUUGUUUGUGGGUUUUGUGGAAGACGUACGCAAAUUGCGACGCAAAUAAAGAUUGCACAUUGUGUGUCCGUUCUCUGUUGAAUUGUAGCGCUGCACCGACAGGACCAAAAUAUCACCGAGAGGUAUUAAAUGAUUAUGUUUACUAUUGUGUUUAUUAGUUUGUCUGUUUCUACUACAUUGUUUACUAACCAAUUGACAAACCCGUCAUGAUUUGCAGUUUUGCUCAGACGUUUACAUACACGGGCAGGAUUACUGAUUUCGCAGCCAUUUUUUUUUUCGGGGAGAACGUGAAUGACAACAGAAAAUGUUUUCUUUCACCCACGGUUUGUGCUCGGCCGAAAUUAUUCAUGAUCAAAUAACCGCGUUGACUGUUUUUAACUCUGAAUGACAAGAGAAACUCUACAACUGACCCUGACCCAAAGUUGACCCCCAGGGUGUCUUGCCCCCUUCAACACGGAUGACAACUUUGUGUGUUUUGUUGUGCAUGAAGCGCUGUCUUGGCAAAAGGCCUCCAGUUCCUGUCAGUUCUUGGCCUGUCUCGGAUCACCUGCAGACUUGAGAUCCUGAGAUCAGAGAGACUCGAUGAUUUCUAAGCUCAGGAGACUGAGAUGGCCACACCACAAUCUUCUCGUGAUUGGGUUUUCCGUUUCGGGUCAUUAUCAUCAUCCGUCUAUUAUCCAAGCCGCUUAUCCUCACAACGGUCACGGGAGAGCCGGAGCCUACCCCAGCUAGCUUCGGGCGAAAGGCAGACUACACCCUCUUGAACAAUUUUCCUGGCCGUUGUGAGAGAAAUGUUUGUUGGCGGACUCGAUGGUGCUUUGGUUUCAACAGAAUCCCUCAUCCGAAUACCGUUGACUGGCAUUCUCAGUUCCUCGCCUUUCCAGUUGGACACAGUUCAAAGAGUUUUUUUCUGGCAGAUCUUUCGCUUUCCCCAGGACUCCGAAUCCAGAGAUGUCACUGCGAGGCUCUGUAGCGGGAGAUGGUAGGUUUCCUUUAGUCGUCAUUCAAACCCGUUCGUGUCAACUUGUGUGCGCGUUAUCGGGCCAAGAAUCUCAAGGCUAUGUUGACUUUGGAUCUGGGUCAUUUGUGUAAUUUCUCCGGUCGUUAUGAUUUUGAAAAAGAAAACGCAAUUGGUUGAUUUCUAAAUGGCUUCACCCGAGCACUAAGCACAAGUUGUUGUGAUGUCAUCCGUAGCCUCUGAAAAAUGGAUCAGGGAUCAUAAAUUGUGCCGGGGUACCUAAAGUCCUGAGCGCAACCUGGUUUCGGUCUUGACUGAGUGCGCACAUCAUUGUACGCAAAAGAAUUUGAGAAUAAUUUUUGUGCAUCUGAAGCACCUGUUUUCUGUUUUGUACCUUUAAACAAAAUAGAAACCCAUUCAUCGACGUCGUCAUAUUUUCUUGUUAUUUCAUUUUUUAUGAGCGUAUCAACAUAUUUUACCCCAACCACAUUUUCCAAAGUAAACCCAAUCAAUAUUAUUGAUCCUGUCUAAUAGUAGCCACAAGCUACAUCCCACCUCAGCAGUAACUGUUCAGUUCCGAG